AUGAAAGCUGAAGAGGUAGAGCUGGCACUAGAAGAAGUUGAAAAAGCCGGAGAAGAGCAAGCCAAAUCUGAAAAUCAACUUAAAACAAAGGUGAUGAAACUUCAAAAUGAAUUAGAGAUGGCACAAAGAUCUGCUGGUGGUCGUGAUACUCGCUUUUUGCGUGAUGAGAUCCACCAACUGGAAAAACAAUUGGAACAAAAAGAGAGACGAUUAACAGAUAUAGAGAAGGAACUGGAAAAAGAGAAGAAAGUGAAUGAACAGCUUGCUCUUCGAAAUGAAGAUACUGAAAAUGAGAACAUCAAAUUAAGGAGAGAGAAAAAACGCAUAAAGAAAAAGAAUGAACAGUUGCGUCAGGAUGUAGUUGACUAUCAGAGGCAAAUAGAUUCUCAAAAAGAAGCAAUUCUAUUACGAAGAGGAGAGGAUUCGGAUUACAGAUCACAGUUGUCCAAAAAGAACUUUGAGCUUGUCCAGUACUUGGAUGAAAUUCAGAAUUUGACUGAAGCUAAUGAGAAGUUAGACAUUCAAAACCAAGAAAUGAGGAAGAACCUUGAGGAAUCAGUGCAAGAAAUGGAGAAGAUGACUGAUGAAUAUAACAAAAUGAAACUAAUUGUGCAACAAUCUGAUAUUCUUAUGGAUCAGUUAAGAAAAGAGAAAGAACAGUACAAAUUUCAAAUUCAGGAGCUUUCGAAUCAGCUGAAAGCAAAGAAUGAGGAAGACGAUCCACUCAUGGCAGCUGUAAAUGCAAAAGUUGAAGAAUGGAAGAAAAUCUUAGCUUCAAAAGAUGAUGAACUCCUAGAAUGUCAGGAAACCUUGUUUAACUUGAAAGAGAAAAUGAAAAUGGCCCAACUUGAUGUAGACAGGAACAGUAUACUGGCCCUUCAGCAGGGUGUACAAGAGCGAGAUGCUCAGAUAAGAUUGCUUACUGAGCAAAUUGAACAGUAUACCAAAGAAAUGGAACAAAAUGCAUUUAUUAUUGAGGAAUUAAAAAAUGAUCUCCAAAAAGAUAAAGGUCACUCAACUCUUGCUCAGCAGAAUCGUAUUGGGGAUAUGCAAGAAAAGUUGAAAAUGCUAGAAGAGAGAACUAAGGAGGCUGAGAAAGCAGCAGAAUUAGCAGAAGCAGAUGCUAGAGAAAAGGACAAAGAGCUUGUUGAGGCUCUGAAACGAAUGAGGGACUAUGAACUGGGAAUAUAUGGCUUGGAAGAGGCUGUUGCUGAAAUAAAAGGUUUGAAAAGGCAAAUCAAAAUCCAAGAUCAUGAGAUUGAAACAUUAAUUAAGGAAGUCAAUAAACUUGAACUUAAAAUAAAUGAUUUUCUUGAUGAAAAUGAAGAACUCAGAGAGCGCUUGGGUCUUGAGCCAAAGACAAUGAUUGAUUUAAAUGAAUUCAGAAACAGCAAAGUGCUGAAGCAGCAGCAAUAUAGAGCUGAAAACCAGAUUCUUUUGCAAGAGAUUGAAAGACUAGAAGAGGAAAGAAUUGAACUUAAAAAACAGGUUCGUAAGUUGGCUCAGGAGAAAGGAAGAAGAGUUGCAACAAUAGAAUUGGAUGGUGGUGAUAUGCAGAUAAGUGACAGCUUUACUGAAGAGAAGGAAAUGAAUAAGAGGAAGCUGGAUUCCUUGAACAAACAUCAUAUUGCUGAAGUAGAAGCAAAGGCUAGCAGCUCGUGUAAUGUGGAAAGGAGAAACACACUUGCAGAUAGAGAAGCACCAGUUAGACUUUUGAAGUCAGAGCAAGAUAUAACUGGAAACAGUAAGGCUGUGGGAAAUCUGCCUAGAAGAACUUCUGGCAUACUUGAGAAUUUAGAUCACUUGGGAAAAAAUAGAAGUAAUUCUUCGGUUCGUUUAGGUUCAAAACAUGUGACAGAGUGGCAACUAGUUAAUGAGAACUGUAAUUCUGAACCUCUUAGUAUAAGAGAGCUUUUUGUAUCACCAGAGCGACAAUUUACACAGGCAUCGGGGACGAGAGAUUAUCCAGACAAUAAAGAGAUGUCAAAAGACUUGAAACCAGAGUACGCAGGUUCAUUUUCUGCCUGUCAGCGAGUGUGUCAGACCUCAGAGGUGAAUAACCGAAAUUUUAAUAACAAACCAUCUUUUCAGAAUCAGAUGUCCAUAACUUCUAAUUCAGACCAAGCAGGCCAGGAAAAAUUUUGUCCAGAACUACCUCCUAGCAAAAACUCUCUGAUUCCUUAUGCAUGUGCUCUUGCAAAGCCAGUAGCGCACAAAACACGAAUGACAUUGAAGGAUAAGCAAGACUAUUCGCAGGUAAACUUUCCUGGUUUAACUGCCUUUCAAGAAGACAGAGAAGGAAAGAAAUGCUUAACAGGAUUGUUACAAGAGAAAACUUUGGAAAGUGGACUUGAAAAUGGACAAUCAGAACGCUCAGGUCAGGUAGAUCCUGUUGAAAAUCUCAUAGAGCAAUUGAGGAGAGAAUUAGCCCUUCUUAGAUCACAGAAUGAGUAUCUUGCAAAUGAAUUGAAUGUGAGAGAGAGAGAUUUGGAGAAGAGCAGGACUGAAAUAGCCAAGUUUCAAUCUAAAU